UCUUCUUCCGCUUCCUUUUCCUUCCCACUUAACUCUACGUUAGAGAGGUAGAAGUGGGAUGAACUUUUUUCCGCACGAACGUUGUACAUUUGUUCCUUGGCAUGAUUUACCUGCACUGUUCAUAUCAUUUUUCGCCACACUUCUUCGGAACGUUUCCAUCACUUCUGAAGACCCGUGGGGGGACCCAAUUUUACCUCGCAGGCUGCGCCAGAAGGGCUAAACGAAAGCACCUCUUUUGUAGGAAGGCGGCUGGACGGCACACCGCGCCAUAGCAAGUGUAUAGAACCCGUGGCGAGCAAAUGGCGGGAUCCGUUUGGAACAGAAACAGCUGGCACUGGGAAGAAAAGAACUACAACAAAUGGGGAGAGUCCUACAUAAAAAAUAAAUUGUCCGAUUUGAAAAUCGAAAAGGAAGGACUUUCCGUCUACUUCGACAGGGUGGACAUUUCCGGAAAUGCCUCCGUAUCCAUCCGGAAGGGAAAACAAAUAAACUCCUUCGAGUACGUAAUCAAGUUCGACUGGGUCUUCUCCGAAACGGGACAAGAAAAGGAAUACGCUGGAGGGACCGCAGAAAUUUUGGACUUCUCAAAUUGUUCCGUUGAGGACAACGACUACGCCAUCAACGUUGAGCUGAUUGGAGACAAGGAGAAUACCAAGCGGGCCUUCGACAUUCUGAGGAAGGACGGAAAGGAGAAAAUAAAAGACGCCUUGAAGGAUUUCCCAGCGGAUCUACUGAAGCACGACUCGAACGAACAAACAAGGAACAGAAGAUCCUGGCGGAGGA